UCAUAAAUUAACAUAAUUACAUUUCAUUCUAUACAUAGCAAUUACACUAUAAAAAGCUACUUUAAGUUAAUACUUAUACAAUACUUUCAACUCUAUUCGUACGGUAAAAAAUAAUUAUUAUUGUUAAUAAAGUCUUAAAUUUUUUAUAUUUUUUAUAUUUUUUAUUAAUACGAUAUAAUAUCAGAUUAAAAGAACUGAACAUUAGGCACUAUUAUUAUUCGAGCAAAUGUGCAUUCUCAUGCUAUACUUUUUCACUUAUACAUUUGCAGUUUAAUUACACAAGAGUUUAACAAGGCAGAAGAUAUCAAUCGUCCAGCGAUGGAAGGAAAACAGCAAUCUGAAGAGUUGAAAUUAUCCGUACCUUGGGGACAUGUUGCUGCUAAAGCGUGGGGUCAUUCAGCUGAUAGAAAAAUUCUAGCAGUACAUGGAAUUUUAGACAACGCUGGAACAUUCAAUAGAAUUAUUAAAUUUCUUCCAAAGGAUUGUUAUAUAGUAUGUAUAGAUUUACCAGGGCAUGGAUUUUCAUCGCAUUUUGAUUCCGGUGUACCACUUAAUUAUUUUAGUUAUAUGUUGACUAUACAUCAUGUAUUAAACGCAUUACAAUGGAAUACUUGCAUUUAUAUGGGUCAUAGUUUUGGUGGUCAUAUAGGUACAAUGUUUUCUAUUCUCUAUCCGAAAAGAAUUGAAAAAUUAAUAUUAUUGGAUUCUCUAAUGUCAAGGCCAACGUUAAACGAAGAUUAUGUUUCUAGUUUACAAGAAGCUUGCGAUAUUGCUAUUAAAGCCGUUGAGAAUAAAGUACCUCGGUUAUAUACCAAAGAGGAAGUGUUAUAUGCUUUGAAAUAUACAAGAUUUUCAACCUUAAAUUCAGAAGCUGCAGAAGCAUUAUUUGAAAGAGGUUUAACACAAAUCAACGAUUUAUAUAAAUAUAAUCGUGACUUUAGAUUAAAGAAAUUUGUACUACCUUUCUAUAACGUAGAUCAAUUAUUGAUGUGUAUUGAAAAAUUGUCAACUCCAUGCUUAAUUAUUUUAUCAAAUUCUGCAUUAGAUAUGAACGACAAAUGGCAAAAAUAUAUUUUAAAUCAAUUAAGUGGUAAUAACAUUUAUACUGUAAUUUAUGUUAAUGGAAAUCAUGAUGUCCAUAAUAAUUAUCCAGAAAAAGUAGCACCAUAUAUAUGCAAGUAUUUGGGUAGUAAUAAUAAAAGCAAACUUUAAUAGGUUUCAUAGAAAAAUAUUUUGCUAGGGGGUGAUACUUUAUCGUAUAUUAUUCAUUGUUUUGGUUUAUAUAAUGCAUAAUUAUAUUAAUA